UUGAGCGCCAGCCCUUCAGCCCCGUCGCCGCUCUCAUCUGCGGUUUAUCUGCCCCUGAGCACGACAAGACGACAUGCUGGUGAUCGAGUCGCUGAGCGAUGUCCAGACAUCGUCUGGUCCGAUGCGGAUCCACUUCUUCCAGCCCAAUACCCUGCCCAACUACCCGAAUGCCAAGUUCCCGGGCGUGCUCGUCUUUACCGAGAUCUACCAGGUCACCGGGCCACUCGAGCGGUUCUGUCGCCAGAUAGCCUCGCAUGGGUAUGUUGUCGCAUGUCCCGAGUCCUUCCACGAGUUUGAGCCCCUGGGCAUGCAGAUCCCCUAUGACGUCGAGGGCACCGAUCGAGGCAACCGCUACAAGGUCGACAAGCUCGUGUCGGCCUACGAUGAAGAUGCUCGCCUUGCCUUGGAUGAACUUGCUCGUCACCCAAACUGCAACGGCAAGCUUGGCACCACGGGGAUGUGUCUCGGUGGCCAUCUGGCCUUCCGGGCUGCUCUCGACCCUCGAGUCCGUGCCGCCGUCUGUUACUUUGCCACCGAUAUCCACUCCAGAACUCUCGGCAAGGGUGGCGACGACUCGCUCGAGCGGGCCGGCGAGAUCCAAGCCGAGCUGUUGAUGAUCUGGGGCAAGCAGGACACACACAUCCCCUAUGCUGGUCGACAGCUGAUCCACUCCAAGCUUGCAGCCCAUCCUGGCUUGGUGUUCUCUUGGUGUGAGUACCAAGCCCAGCACGCCUUUAUCCGCGACGAGCUGUCCAAGGGCCGCUACGACGCCUCGCUGGCCCGAAUCUGCUUUGAGUCUCUCCUCGAGCUCUUCCACCGCAAGCUCUCUCUGGAUCUUGGAGACAGGAUUGAGGGAUCCAGCCGAAUCGAACAUGUGUGCUGAUUCCGCCAUUACGAGCUCUUGUGGUAGUUUGCCGAGGUCUUCCAGGAACCCGGGUCGGUUGCCAGCGGCUUCAACAUCAUGCUCAUCUGGUACAAUGGGUUCUCGCGGCCGCAUAUGUAGAUGCAUAUCCGUUCGGAAUACAUACGUGUUGAGCCGA